AUGGAGACUCUGGGAAGUCUAGCAGAGAUCCUGUGCUACAAGGCGGAUAGAACAGAUAGUGCCGUGCUAGGAGAUGUCAGAGUUCCAGCCCCGAAAGCCUCAAAACCAGUGGACUUGAAAUCAUGCACUGGCCCUGUCCCUAACACGACACAGCUGUGCCACAUUCCCUGUCCUAUUGAAUGUGAGGUUUCACCUUGGACAGCUUGGGGACCUUGCACUUAUGAAAACUGUAAUGACCAGCAAGGCAAAAAAGGUUUCAAACUGAGGAAGCGGCGCAUCACCAGUGAGCCCACUGGAGGCUGGGGGGGCAGUGGGAGCUGCCCUCACUUACUGGAAGCCAUUCCCUGUGAGGAGCCCUCCUGCUCUGACUGGAAGGCAGUGGGGCUCGGCGACUGUGAACCAGACAACGGCAAGGAGUGCGGUCCAGGCACGCAAGCCCAAGAGGUUGUGUGCAUCAACAGUGAUGGAGAAGAAGUUGACAGACAGCUGUGCAGAGACGCCAUCUUCCCCAUCCCUGUUGCCUGCGAUGUGCCCUGCCCCAAGGACUGCGUGCUCAGCAUGUGGUCAGCGUGGUCCUCCUGCUCUCACACCUGCUCAGGAAAAACUACAGAAGGAAAACAGAUGCGAGCACGGUCCAUCCUGGCCUAUGCAGGAGAGGAAGGUGGAGUUCAGUGCCCAAACAGCAGUGCUUUGCAAGAGGUACGCAGCUGUAACGAGCAUCCCUGUACUGUGUACCACUGGCAAACCGGUCCCUGGGGCCAGUGUAUCGAGGACACUUCAGUUUCGUCCUUCAACACAACUGCAGCUUGGAACGGGGAGGCCUCUUGCUCCGUUGGCAUGCAGACAAGAAAAGUCAUCUGUGUGCGGGUCAAUGUUGGCCAAGUGGGACCCAAAAAGUGUCCUGAAAGCCUUCGACCUGAAACAGUACGGCCCUGUCUGCUUCCUUGUAGGAAGGACUGUAUCGUGACGCCAUAUAGUGACUGGACAUCUUGCCCUUCCUCAUGUCAAGAAGGGGACUCCGGAAUCAAGAAACAGACUCGGCACCGGGUCAUCAUUCAGCUGCCAGCCAACGGAGGCAGGGACUGCACGGAUCCACUCUAUGAAGAGAAGGCCUGCGAGGCCCCUCAAGCGUGCCAGAGCUACAGGUGGAAGACUCACAAAUGGCGCAGGUGCCAGCUUGUCCCUUGGAGCGUGCAACAGGACAGCCCUGGAGCGCAGGAGGGCUGUGGGCCCGGACGGCAGGCAAGAGCCAUUACUUGUCGAAAGCAAGAUGGAGGGCAGGCUAGCAUCCAUGAAUGCCUCCGGUAUGCAGGCCCUGUGCCAGCGCUUACCCAAGCCUGCCAGAUGCCUUGCCAAGAUGACUGUCAGCUCACCAGCUGGUCCAGAUUUUCUUCAUGCAAUGGAGACUGCGGCGCAGUUAGGACCAGAAAGCGCACUAUCGUUGGAAAAAGUAAGAAGAAGGAAAAAUGUAAGAAUUCUCAUCUGUACCCCCUGAUUGAGACUCAGUAUUGCCCCUGUGACAAGUAUAACGCACAGCCUGUGGGAAACUGGUCCGACUGCAUUUUGCCAGAGGGGAAAGUGGAAGUGUUGCUGGGAAUGAAGGUCCAAGGAGAUACCAAGGAGUGUGGUCAAGGAUACCGCUACCAGGCGAUGGCGUGCUAUGACCAGAAUGGCAGGCUCGUGGAGACGUCCAGGUGCAACAGCCACGGUUACAUUGAAGAGGCCUGCAUCAUCCCCUGCCCCUCUGACUGCAAGCUCAGUGAGUGGUCCAAUUGGUCUCGCUGCAGCAGAUCCUGCGGGAGCGGCGUGAAGGUUCGGUCCAAAUGGCUGCGUGAAAAGCCCUAUAAUGGAGGGAGGCCGUGCCCCAAGCUGGAUCAUGUCAACCAGGCCCAGGUGUAUGAGGUCGUCCCUUGCCACAGUGACUGCAGCCAGUACGUGUGGGUCACAGAGCCGUGGAGCAUCUGCAAAGUGACCUUUGCGAACACGCGGGACAACUGCGGAGAGGGGGUGCAGACCCGAAAAGUGAGAUGUAUGCAGAACACAGCGGAUGGCCCCUCUGACCAAGUAGAAGAUUACCUCUGUGACCCAGAAGAGAUGCCUCUGGGCUCUCGAGAGUGCAAACUGCCAUGUCCUGAGGAUUGUGUGGUAUCCGAAUGGGGUCCGUGGACCCGAUGCUCUUUGCCUUGCAAUCAAAGCAGUUUCCGGCAAAGGUCAGCUGAUCCCAUCAGACAACCAGCCGAGGAAGGAAGAGCCUGCCCUGACACUGUGGAGAAGGAACCCUGCAACCUGAACAAAAACUGCUUCCAUUAUGAUUAUAAUGUAACAGACUGGAGCACGUGUCAGCUGAGCGAGAAGGCAGUGUGUGGGAAUGGCAUUAAAACAAGGAUGUUGGAUUGUGUUCGAAGUGACGGCAAGUCGGUUAACCUGAAAUACUGUGAAGAGCUUGGCUUGGAGAAGACCUGGCAGAUGAACACGUCCUGCAUGGUGGAAUGUCCUGUGAACUGUCAGCUUUCUGACUGGUCUCCGUGGUCAGAAUGUUCUCAAACGUGUGGCCUCACAGGAAAAAUGAUCCGAAGACGAACAGUGACCCAGCCCUUUCAGGGUGAUGGAAGACCAUGCCCUGCCUUGAUGGAACAGUCCAAGCCUUGCCCAGUGAAGCCCUGUUAUCAGUGGCGGUAUGGCCCAUGGUCUGCAUGCCAAGUGCAGGAUGCACAGUGUGGCGAAGGGACCAGAACAAGGAAUAUUUCUUGUGUAGUGAGUGAUGGGUCAGCUGACGAUUUCAGCAAAGUGGUGGAUGAAGAAUUCUGCACUGAUAUUGAACCCACUCUAGAUGGUAAUAAAAAAGUGGUUCUUGAAGAAACCUGCACCCAGCCUUGCCCAGGGGACUGUUAUUUGAAGGACUGGUCUUCCUGGAGCCUGUGUCAGCUGACCUGUGUGAACGGCGAGGACCUCGGUUUUGGUGGAAUACAGGUCCGUUCCAGAGCGGUGAUUAUACAAGAACUAGAGAACCAACAUCUGUGCCCAGAGCAGAAGCUGGAAACAAAGUCAUGUGACGAUGGACAGUGUUAUGAGUAUAAAUGGAUGGCCAGUGCUUGGAAGGGCUCUUCCCGAACAGUCUGGUGUCAGAGAUCAGAUGGUGUAAAUGUAACAGGGGGCUGCUUGGUGGUGCGCCAGCCUGAUGCUGACAGGUCUUGUAACCCACCGUGUAGUCAACCCCACUCACACUGUAGCGAGACAAGGGUGUGCAGCUGUGAAGAAGGGUACACUGAAGUCAUGUCUUCCAAUGGGACCCUUGAGCAAUGCACACUCAUCCCCGUGAUGGUGGUACCCACAGUGGAGGACACAAGAGGAGACGUGAAAACCAGUCGGGCCGUGCAUCCGACCCAGCCCUCCAGUAACCCAGCGGGACGGGGGAGGACCUGGUUUCUGCAGCCGUUUGGGCCAGAUGGGAGACUAAAGACUUGGGUUUACGGUGUAGCAGCUGGGGCAUUCGUGUUACUCAUCUUCAUUGUCUCCAUGAUCUAUCUAGCUUGCAAGAAGCCAAAGAAACCCCAAAGAAGGCAAAACAACCGGCUAAAACCUUUGACCUUAGCCUAUGAUGGAGAUGCUGACAUGUAAGUCUUAACUUACCCUGCAGCUUCCAAUUUCAGCUUUCUGCCUUUGCUGUAGAUGUCCAGAGGCCACAAAGCUAUUCAAACUGUGUGGAUUAAACUACAGUGUUACUUCUUAAAAGAUCAUCAUUAAGGAAGGAGUGAAAAUCACAGUGCCAUUGGAUAUACCAAGACAGUGCCACUUACAUCGAAACCAUCAGCCCUGAGAAUUCUAGAUUUAGUUGAUACAUGAUGCAUUCUGAGAGUUUUGUGUGAUCUUUUCUGAAAUCUACCAACGGAUAAUUCACCUUCAUCUCUAAAAACAUGAUGGUGGGAUUGACCAGUUUAGGAUGCCCGAUACAAGCCUCCGUCUGCAGUGUUAAGCCCUAGUAACAUUUUCGCAUGAAGAGUUUAAUACCAAAAUCUCUACACUACUGUAUUCAAACAUAACAACAUGCCUACUUAAUUGAAUGAUAUACAUUAUUAUGUCAGAUUAUAUACUUGUUAAUAAGCAGUUUUAAUGGUGGCUAAAAAUAAGCUCUAAACUGAGCAGAAAACCCAUUGAAUAAAUUCAACAUCUUGGUGGUUGAUAAUAGUUUCACUGAGCUGCAUUUCAGAGGCAAAGACCCUUUUGUAAGACUUCUUGUCUCUCUCCAAAGUGCGAAUGCUGGACAUGUACUAGUCCUUUAGAAGAGUCCUCAAGUUCAGUAUUUUACAAUGGUUAUUGUCUGGAAAACUAAUUUGCUUGUGUUAAUACAGUACAUUUCUACUUUCCCUAAUUUUCAAACUGGUUGCCUGCAUCUUUUUUGCUAUACGGAAGGCACAUUUUUGCACUAUAUUAGUGCAGCAUGAUAGGCGCUUAACCAGUAUUGCCAUAGAAACUGCCUCUUUUCAUAUGGGAUGAAGACAUCUGUGCUCAAAGUGUCGUGGAGCCAUUUACAAGUUCUUGUGUCCUGAAGAGAGUAAAAGUUCAGCUGGGAUGGCGACAGGAUGGAGUUAGCUGUUAUAUCUGCUGUGUACAUACUUCCUCAUCGCUGAAGCCAUUGUGAUAUCAACAACAUGGCGAUAACUUAAGUGUUUAAGUCCCGAACUCAUUAACCCUCCAAAAGAUGGAUCCCUCUAGUCAAUUUCUAAUUGUACUCUGAAGGCUGUUUAUGACUAGAUUUUUAUAUUUGUUAUCUUUGUUAAAAAAAGAAAAGAAAAGAAAAAAAGGAGCUGGUGGUCUUUUUAAUUUUGAGCGGAUGGAAAAAAUAACUUAUUGGUGAUUUUUUGUAACUAAAAGAAAUCAAAAUGGUCUGAUUUUUUUUUUCUCCCAGAUUUGUUUUCCUACUUUCAGAUGGAAUGUAUUUCAAAAUCUAUAAUUUAGUUUUUCUCAGUGGCAAAAUUUGAAGCAAGUCUUUUUAAUGUAUGAUAUAAAAAACUAGAAUUUUCAAAAGAGAAAAAUAACUAUUUUGUCCAGGACCUCAUUAAAUAUCUAGACCAAGGGUAACACAUUUUUUUUUCCUUUGUAAAGGUCAGAUGGUAAACAUUCCAGCCAGGCCUGUGUUGCAGCUUGUCCAUUCUGCCAUUGUGGGAACACAGCCAUAGACAAUACACAAUACAGCACAGAGAGAAUGAGCAUGGCUGUUUUUCAAUAAAACUUCCUAUAAAGUCAGCAGGCCACAUUUGCAAGUUGCGAUUUACUGGUCUAGAGGUUUUGUCCAGUGCUAAUUCUCCAUCAUGUCAUCUUGAGUUUUCACUCAUUUGCCCUCUGACUGUGAUCAGUGUUUAAUUUCAAAACCGAACAACAGUCAUUGAAUGUCUUAAUGUAUUGCACGUAGUUAUAUUUUUCACAGAUGUAGCCCUGGGAAUGGCACAGUAAAAUGAUAUCUAACUUGGCCGGUUUCUUGCAUAUGAAAAGAAAAUCCAAAAGGUGCCAUUAAAAAGCAAUACCAUUUUUCAGGCAACAACCUUUGGGAGAGGGGAGGACAUCAGAUGUUCAGGUCUUUAAAAAAAAAAAAAGUAUCACAAGCCAUUUUAUCUUAAACAUAGCUGUGUUGGUAUACAAGUGAUUAGGACUAGAAGGUAUUUCACCUUCAUACUAGAGUUUGAAUUCACCCUACUGUUCAUUCUAGCGUAUCUGCAAAGAUUACAAAAGAUAGAUUAGAAUAAGCAGAUUUCUACAUAUUUCAAUAAACAUUAAAGGUGGUAUGCACUAAUACCUUGGUCAGUAUUUCCUGUGUUAAGUAAUGUGUAAAUCAUUUCUGAGCAAACAGGUUAUCAGGAAAAUGAGAAUUUUGCCUUAUACCAAGGAUUUCAACAAGGAAAGGCAUAAAAACAAAUUCCAUCUCAUCUGUCUUACUAAAGAGGAAGACAAAAAUAAUAUUGUCACCCUAAAACUGUGAUUGUCAAAAAAUGUACUCAGGGGUCUCCCAGAUAAUCAAGUUGAUUUACUUGAGUAAAAUGAGCUCCCAUUUGUCCAAAAUGGUUGAGAAAGAAUCUACUACCAUUACUUGAAGAAUCUUGCUAAGUCUUAUGAAAUGCAUGCCACACCUAAUACUCUUGAAAUUGUUGAGUUGAAAAAAUUGUUACGACUAAUGCUAUACUUAUAAUACUGUAAAAUGGCAUUCAUUCAGAAAGCAGAUAAGUUAAAAUUAAAUGAAUUCAUAGGUCAAAAUUAUGUUAUGAAAAUGCAAGGUGACCUUAUUCAUAAAUUGACUACCUUUUACAACAUUACAUGUAUGAAGUAAUCUAGAUUCAGUGUGACCUAAUAUUAGGGAGCAUAUUGGAAGUUCAUCAUUAGGAUAAAUAAAUACCAGAUGGCCUCUCGUUAGGAAAGGUACAGGGAGGCUAUUUUGGACAAAUGAAGGUUACUAUAUUCAUGUUUAUAACAUGAAAAUGGCCUUAUUUUUGUUCUUGGCAUAAGUCAAUAAUGAGUUAAAUACUUUACUGGGAUUUCAUCAAAACAGUAUUCCUCCUGUUCAUUCUAAGAAUUCAGGAGGGGAAUAUAGUAGUAACUUGUCUAUUGACACUUUUGCCUUACCAAAAUGGUCUGUGAGCCCACAAAGGUUAAGAAUCACUGUUCUGUAAGUAUGAAGGUCUGCUUGGUUGGAAAAAAAAAGAAAUGAAAAACAUUGGCACACUGUUAUUUUGUUGGACUGUUUCCAUUUAAACGGCAUAGAAGUGGCAUAACUGAUCUAUCUUGAAAGGGGAUGAUUUGUUCAUUCAUCAAUAUCUAGUCUAGGAAACUGACCAUAAUCCUUAUUUCAAAGCCUUUUCGAGGACACUACAGUGUAGCUUAAAGCUAAUUUGAAAAGGGGUUCAUAAAAGCAUGUUCUUAAUUAUAGCAAAGCACAAAGUACCUGUAAUAAGACUAAUAUUUAUUGAAUUAUCACACGUAAGACACUCUGCUAGAUAUUGUAAAAUAUUAGUAACGGCUUUUGUUUACACGCAUAUCUAAGAUGUUCAAAAGAAGGGGAAAAGCUUAAUGAGUGAAAAUGAAACACACAUCACCCCUCACUCUAGAUCUGGUGUUCAGACUUGGUUGACAUUUUUCCUUAUGUGAUGUCUGUGUGUCCAGCCACGCUGUCAGGCUUGGGCUGUGUGUCUGCUCCACCCGCAGGCAGGUAGCAGUGGCUCCAGCAGCUUAAUCUGAGCCCUCUCAAGUUCCUAGACAUUUCAAGACAGUCAGUUAUUUAAAACUUCUCAUAGGAAGCAGGUAACGCCUCUCAAUUUUUUUAAGCUCCAACUCGCUGUACGCCCUUGCUCCCUUACAGGGAUGCCCAACGCCUGGUCUCUGUCCAGUCUGCACUCUUAGCAACAACUAGUCUUGUCUGCUUCCCCCAGAGCCACCUUCUGCUAAACAUGCCUGCAUUUUUAAUAAGAAAAGAGGUGACUACCCACGUCUCUUUCCUGUUGGAGUCAAAGUGUCGCUUAGAGAGUGAACAGUUUGGUUUAAACAAAUUGUACCAGUCAAAGACGCGGAUCAAGAAAGGAAAGCUGUGGAGGACAUCCCCCCACCCCACCCCACCCCACAAAAAGACCUUGCCUGUAAAAAUGUCAGUCCUUACCUUAGACUUAGUCCCACCCAGUACUCCCCGCUCCACCAGCCUUCCCGUGUCUGUACGCGUCCUCCCCGACGAGACAGCGAGGGAGGCCUGCAGCUCUCGAAACUGACGAAGAGCCAGUCCUUAGGCUCAGUCAAGCUUUGCAUAGACUUGCAAGAAUCAGGCUUCCCAAAUGGCCCAGGGCCUCACUAUCUGUAAAUAUACUAUCAAAUUAAAAUGUGUUUCUUGUUCUGUUUCCCCUCUGAGCUUGAGGGUGGUGAAAGAGGCGCAGUCCGUGAACACCUCUGUGAGGAGUCAGGUCAGACAGUGAUCUUCCCCGGGUCUGGUUGAGAUGUGAGAACGGAAAUUGCUGCCUGUCCCCUCUGGUGCUGCCCCCUGGUGGCCGGAGCUAACAGCGGAUUUCAGGGUCUGAAACAGGAGCGCGGGCCCCGCAGACGGGACUGUAAAAAGGAUAUUAUGCAGUGUGAUUCGAUAAUUCUGUAUCUAGCAGGGACACUGAAAAAUGGUUAUGUCUACGUUGUUAAAUGAGCAAAACAAAUGCUAAAUGGGUAGAGUUAAUUUUGUAGCUUUAUGUUUUUGUGCUUCUACCAAGCCUGAUCGUAAAAUGGGCAAUUUUAUGAAGACACUUAGUUGUGAGAGUCAUGUUUUCAGCGAUCAAAAAUCUCUAGUCUAUUUAGACUGUCCUUGGGUGUCAGUCUUCCUGUGUUUUGUAGAUUUUUUUUAAGCAAUAGUUUCUAGAUCACCUGCUUUGAACCCUCACUGAGCUUCUCCCAACUAUUUUUCAGGACUCUAUUUAUGUUUAUUUUUUUAAAAUAAACAUUAAGAUUUCCUUUCUGGUACUUUUUUCUUGCCUAUUUUUAGCACAGAGAUUUUGAAGCGAUCAGUAUCUGUCAUUGUAAAAGAUAACUUUAUUAAAUUUGCAAUGUCUUUCUAUAAAUUAUAACCCCCAAAUGUGUUUUCUUUUUGGUUAAUUUAAUUACCUGAGUAUUUAUUUUGUUUAAAUAAGAAGGCAGCUGUCUAAGAAGUUUUUGUUAAUAUUACUUUGUAAAUUGUGUAAUGUAAUUUAUUUUAAAUUAUAUACAUUUCUUUUUUAAUGCACAAGAGGUCUAUGUACAAUUUACUACAGAUUUGCAAAUACUGUCACUAAGCUUUACUCAGUUAAUACAGAUGGCAUGUGAAGAUGUAAUAUGCUUUUUUACAUUUUCAUAUGGGUUAUUUGUAAAUAACUGUUGCUGAUAAACAUAAACACGGAGAUCAUUUUCAUUCUACU